AGCUGUUCCUUUUGUUUUUGUUGUUGCAAAGCCAUUUUCAUUUUUAAGUUAAUUUGUUCAAACAUUAAAGUUUUAAUUUUAGUUUAGUCAAAAAUAAUAAAUAAUAUCAAAAUACAAAAUGUCUGCGUUGGAGGCUCAGUCCGAGGAACGCGAGGCCCUGCAGUCCAUCUACGAGGGCGAUGAGAAUUUCAAAGAGGUCGACGCCACCACAUUUCAGUAUAAAUAUGGGGAAGAGAACAACUACAGGUCGUUUCUGGUGGAGCUCAAGUGGGGCGAAAACUAUCCGGAAGAGGCUCCCACGGUCAAUAUGAACACGUUCUACAACAGGCAUCUGUUGCCCGCUGUCAAGGAGGAGAUCCUUAAGGUUAUCUCCGCGGAAGCAUCUCAAUGGCUAGGCUGUGGCAUGACGUAUAGCCUUUUCGAAUACCUUAAGGACAACAUUGACCAACUGACUGCCGGCCAGCCGGAGUCUGCCCCCGUUGUAGCGAUCGUGGAUGAUGGUGUGGCUGCUUUGAAAAUCUCCGAUGCUGAUGCCGAUGCCAAGAAGAAGGAGCCCAAGAAGGAGCAAAUGACCAAGUCGCAGAAGCGCAGGCAAUGGGAGAGAACUGAUCACAAGGGUGAUCGUGUACGUGGCUGGGAUUGGGUGGACCUUGUUAAGCAUUUAUCGCAAACGGGCAGUAAAGAAGACUCGGCAGCAGCCGCCGAAAGCGCUGCGGCAACAGCAGCAGCCUCACCCGUGCUGCAUCCUCUGAAUAAUUAAACAAAUUAACUUAAGUACGAAAACAACGACAGCUUAAACAGCAACCAAAAGCCAGUCCUACGUCAAUGUGAACAAAUGUGACGCAUGUCUCACUUUUGGCCAUAAAGCAUGGAUUUUAUAGUUAUUUGUUCAACUAUUAAAUAGAAAAAAACCUGAAAAAUA